CACUCUCUCUCUUUCUCCAUCUCUCUCCCUCUCUCGACUCUACUCCAACACCCAGCACCCAACACUCCACCCUCCUUCUCCUCUUCUCUAAUCCAACCCCCCUCCCCCGUACUCCCUCCCUCAUCAACAUGUCGCAUGACCCUCCAGCAGAAGCCCCGGACGACAACCCCAAUGCCACUCCCUACACAAAUGGCACCCCCCGCCCUCGCUCUCUUGACGCACUGCCCCACAUCCUCCGCGUCAGCCCUGAAAUUGCACUAGACGUCCUUACCGCCUCCAAGGCCACUCACGACAUUGUAGCCGCUCAUCUUUACCACAACAUUGAUGUAGCAAUCGCCCUCGCCGGCACCCUAACUCCGGCGUCGAGCAUGACUGCCGCACUCGACCGCCCCUGCUGUCCCAGUUCCCGCGAGCAGCUCAAAGUUGUUAGCGCCCUUCGCAACUUGGAGUAUGCCGCCUAUGUACGGGUCAUUCGGUUUCGCCACCCUUGCCCCACACACGCUCCGGUUACAGCGGUCAACGACGUCACUCGCGAAAAUGAUCGUCUGGACGCUUGGGCGCUGGCUAGAGCCCUGAUCAUGCACUGUCCCCAAGUGCAGCAGGUAACUUGGAAGACAGGCUUUGGGCUCAACGACGAACUCUGGACAGCAAUCUCCAACUUGACAAGUCUGCAGCGUCUUCACUUGACAUACCCUCAACCGCACCCAGCAAUCGUCAUCAAUCCGCUGUACCCGCGCUUGACACCUGUGCUCCAGCAAUUCGGCGAAAACUGCGCUGACAACGUGUUUCUGGCCGAACGUCCCAUUGUCCACGCCAUCGGCCGCGAGGGACUCGCCCUUGGCGUGGCCUGGGAAGGCCUUGAAGAGCUCAGCUUAGAAGGUCUCAGUGUGCAGGGAGCGUGGACCAUCGCCAGCCACCUGGAGCUUCUCGCUGAGCAGCACGACUCGCAUCAACCUCCCCGGCUGCACACACUUUCGCUUGCGACGCACUUCCUAGACUUGCGACUGUGCCGAGCGGUGGCAAACUUUGGUUCUCUUGGUAGUCUCAAGCACGUUACGUUGUCGACGACGGGUACCAAACUCAACGCGGAGUGCCUCAAGGAUCUCUUGACGGGAUGCAGCGCGCUUGAGUCUCUGAAAUUGACAGACAUCGAAGGCCGUCUCGAUAAGAACACUUGGGGAAUGAUUGAGAGCUGGCCUCCAACUUUGACAUCUCUGGUGCUCGAAAUCCGGGAGAACGGCUCGCGCCACUCCUGGGUGAUGAACCAUAUCUCGUCCAUUGCAGAAGUACCUGUGGGACAAUUGAAGCGCUUCGUGGUCAAGCGCGUUGUACAUCCCAUUGCAACACUCCCCUUCCCUCCACUAGGCGUAAUUGUGCCGCAACCCGACGCCACGCACAACAAGGAGCCCAUCCCGUACGAACUUUUGGAACUCAUUCGCAAUGGAGGCGACCUCCUGGAGGACCUUUGCUUAGAUUGGUGGGACAUUAGCGGUCUCGCCUUUGAGGCGAUCCUGCUCGCUUGUCCGCGUCUUCGCAGGCUUCAAGUCUCGAUCCGCGCGACUGUCCUGGACAUUGUAGGCGCUUUUGUGGGCUCAGCUGACGGUAGAUUGGCAUGACCACCGCAUUUGCCAACGUGCCAGACCUCGCGGAGCUGAAUAUCACUACCGACCCCAAGCUUGCAACUCCGGCUGCGAUCAAGGUCAAGGCGAGCAAGAAGAAGCAAGUUGCAUGCUCUAACCUUCCACCAUUCCUUGCAGAGAAAGUCGCUGAGUCUGACCCCGCACUUGUCGAAGUUCGCGACCUACGCAAAUUCGCUCGG